CGCUGAUAUACCUCGCUAACUUUCGAUCGAGGUCUGGGAUUCAAGCCAGCAGAUUCAUGUCUAUCUGCACAAGCCGUUACCUUUUAUCGUAUUCUCCAGAUUGCUCGGCGCAUGUUGUGGCAACCUGACGGAGCGUGUUGCCUUACUGAACGACCCUCAGGCAUGUCCUGGAAUACCUCGCCCUUUCGUUCGCUAGUGCACCGGCUGUUGUUUGGGUUGUACCUCUCUUUGGUCAUGCCAUUGGUAUUGGCUGUUGUAAUCAUAGCGUGUAUCUGUCUCAUAGUUACAAGCUUCCCAAUUGCUCGUGUCCUUGCUUUCACGGUUUUGUUAACCACCAUCGUGGCGGUUUGUGUGGGUAGGUUGCCCCUCCAUUCGAAUAUACGACUGUCUGCGGGUGGCGAUGUCAUUCGUCUUUUGGAGGUUCUCCCUGGCGACAAGAUUGGCCCAAUGAGAUGUCGAAUCGUCGAAGGUCACUGGCAUACUUCAAAAUACGAGACUCUGGGUUAUACUUGGGACUGUGAGUGUGUCUGGGAUAAGCAGUGUUUCAUUGACAAUGGGGUGACGCCGACAUUGGAAAGAGCUCCGCGCGCCAUGCGCAGAGUGGAUUCGGUGAAAACGGUGUGGAUUGACGCUCUUUGUAUGAACCAGAGAGAGGCGCUCAGGUGCACCAGAUGCGCGACAUCUAUGAACGCGCGCAAAGAGUCCUUGUUUGGCUUGAUGUGGACUCUUGGGCCAAACAUCCGCCUGGAUCGGUCGAAUCUGCGUUCAACUUGAUGAAUCGAGUGCUGGACAGCGGUGAAUCGGACACACACCAAAUCUGAGAACACCAUAAGUCAGCAAUAGGGCCGUUGAACACGAUCUUUCAACUACCUUGGUGGAACCGUAUGUGGAUUAUGCAGAAGGUCGCCUCCAACCGCAAUGUUGUGGUGCAAUGUCGCAAUUGCACAAUCUCCUGGGAUCGUUUUUUGCCACUUCGUUGUCUCACCCACCACAUUUUGGUACCUGGAUCUUCCAAAUGGUCUGACUGAUUUUAUCCGGAAAGUCCAAGAUUUCCGCUACGCCGAAUCUCGCGACCGUUCACAUGGUCUCUUACCCUUCACUCACGAUUUUCGGUACUCGCUAGCGACUGAGUCCAGAGACAGGACUCAUGCUUUGAGAAGCCUUAUCAAAUCAAACUCAGAUCUACCCAAUACCAAAGUAUAUUACGCUCAAGAAGA